AUCAUCUGCCAACAACGUCAAUCAUAAAUGCACGUUUUAGUUUUUCAAUCUUCUCAUCCGGCUCAUCCUCCAUCUUCAAAUUUUCUCUUUUUAUUUUUGGCGCCGCGUUGUGAGGAAGUCGAGGGGCAGUUCUUUCAUUAUUCGCAGUUAAAUUUCAGAAGAUAGGAAAAAUGACCACCGACCAUGAUCAAGCUGGCGACUGCCCCGAUGAAGAAAUUUUGGAGGAAGAGGAGGAGGUUAAUGAAGAGGCAGCUAAAAAACAUGCUGGAUUCGACCUUUUUACUGCUUUAAAAUCUCAAUGCAAUGCUGAAAUGUUAGCAUCACUGCCACCAGCGGUAAAAAGGAGAGUCAAGGCCCUUAAGAAACUACAACUUGAUGGAACUAAAAUUGAAGCACAAUUCUUUAAAGAGGUUCAUGAAUUAGAAUGCAAAUAUCACAGGCUGUAUGUUCCUCUCUAUGAAAAGAGAUACAGUAUUGUUAAUGGCUCUUAUGAGCCCACAGAUGAAGAAUCUCAGUGGCCCUCAGAUGAUGAGGAAGAACUACCAAAUGCACUGAAAGAUAAAGUGAAACUUGAUGAGGAAACAAAACCAAAAGAGGAGGAGACCAAGGAUGUUAAAGGCAUUCCAGAAUUUUGGUUAACUAUUUUUAGAAAUUGCAGUUUAUUAUCUGAAAUGGUGCAGCCUCAUGAUAUCCCAAUUCUAAACCACUUGGCUGACAUUAAGGUCAUUUGCAAAGAGGAUCCUAUGAGUUUUAUCUUAGAAUUCCACUUUACACCGAAUGAACACUUCACAAACAAAGUUCUAACCAAGGAGUAUCUGAUGAAAUGUGUUCCAGAUGAUGAUGAUCCAUUUGGCUUUGAAGGACCUGAAAUCUUUAAGUGUAAUGGCUGCACAAUUAACUGGAAUAAGGGCAAAAAUAUAACGGUAAAGACUGUUAAAAAGAAGCAAAAGCACAAGAGCCGCGGCGUCGUCCGUGUUGUCACCACAUCCGUACAAAACGACUCGUUCUUCAACUUCUUCAGUCCUCCGACCAUCCCAGAAGGCACCAAAGAUGAAGAUGUCGACGAAGAUCUCCGUAAUCUCUUGACCAGCGACUUCGAAAUUGGUCAUUACAUUAGGGAACGUAUUGUACCUAAAGCCGUUCUCUAUUUUACCGGCGAAGGUGUCGAGGACGAGGAUGAAGACUACGAGGAGGAGGAAGAAGAUGAAGAUGAGGAAGACGGCGAUUCUGACGCCAGUGGUGGCGGAAAGCGAGGCAACAACCAGGAUCCCUCUUGCAAGCAGCAAUGAUAUGGGGUUUCGGCGGGUGUCAAGAGUCAGCCAUAAGGGUCGUUGUUAUUGUAGUUAGAGGUGGCUGGACUAUUCAUUACACACGUUACAUGGUUUUUUAUAGUUACAUUUAGACAUACUUACCUGCUCGUUUACGCUUAGUUUGUUUUCUGGCCGUGGGUUGUCACGUCUGGGGCAUUUCAGGGGCGCGUAAAUUAUUGUCGAACUGGCAACCCAACUUGAAUUGUAACGAUCUGCUUUUAGGAUCUUUACAUAUCUCAGAAUUAAUGGUUUCAAAAACCCCGUUAAGAUUUAUUGUGAUAAAGGAAACAUUCUAGGCUUGGUGUUGUUGUCUCAUGUGCUGGCUCUUGGUAGUAUUUUGAAUAUAAUAAAUUAUUUGUUUAA